AUGCUCGGAUCGAGCGCACAUUUGCUCGACUGGGGCGAAAAUGUUCAGACGGAUGUUGAAGCUGCAAACGAGCGCAAGCCGCCAGAUGGCGAGCACACGACCCAUGGAGCUCACCUUUACAACAUCUGGCACAAGCUGCUCAGACCCGGUGGCUCGCUUCUGAUCAUGGGUGUCAAAGCCGUACCUGGCUCGCUGCAAGGCCCAUCAUCAAUACCUGCACACUCCAACGAGCAUGUUGCGGGCAUUAGGAGCGUUCCUAGCACCCCUCUGAUGAGUCCCCAAGGCGCCACGCGCUCGACCCAACCACUACGAGAAGCGCUGGAUGGUUUGCCUCUUCACCCUUCGCUCUCGCCAUUCUUUGGCUCGAGAACGCUUUGGGGCGCUAGGUCCAUGUAUGCCCAAUUGCCCCUGCCAUGGGACGAAAGUGUUCGUGCUUCAGGUUGGAGUAGCGAGUCACUCAGGAGGUGGGUGCUCGAUCCCGCUAGAGUCGAGAACAACCCCUCGCUGGAAGCGAAUGCGAACUCGUGCUCCUUACCAACGGCAAACAAAGUCGAGAGUGCGGAUCGAUUGGAUGCCUGGCCAUCUUGGGCCUCGACGCCUGAGCCUACAUCCCCGCAACUUAGGGAGCAAGCGGAGAAGUGGAUCACCCCGCGAGCUUUGGCUGCUUGGUUUCGCAACACAGCUCCAUACGCAGCCUACUUGCGCUCCUUGUCCGUGCACCCUACGCCAUUUGUACCACAACCUCCCAGCACAACGAUCGCCAAGGAGGGUCGCGACAAGGCACAAAGCUUCGAAGACGGAGAUGUGGUGGGCCUUGCGUUCAAGGCGGCUUGCGAAGUGGGCGGUAUCAGCAUGGAUGAGCGCAUCCCUUUAGUCUUCCCUUCGGUGCUGCUUGCAAUGCAGCGAGAUUGA